UCAACUCGAGCCAUCACGCCCACGCACUCCGGCCCCUUCCCCGCGCCUAAUCGGGCGAACACGCCUUCACAGAAUUCGCACACAAGCGCCACCUUUGGCUCCCACCUCACCAAGUCCCCGCGCGGGCUUUCACCCCGACACUCGCCCCAGCCGCUCACAGGCGCUGCUGCGCUUGAGGACGAGCGUCGGCGACAGCAGGACAUCUCGCGGCAGAUGAGCCCGAACCCUGCGCUCGCUGUCGUGCAGAGCUUGAUUGGCACCAGCCAGUCUGCUAUGAGCAGGUCCAAGGACGCACCAGCCGAACCGUCACAAAUGAGUGCGCCAAUGGAGAAAGCGGCGAAAGCGCUGGUCAUUCCGGAGCAGUCCGGAGUGACUGGCGACAACAUGCAGACCAGUCCCGUGAGCCUGUCAAGCUUUGGCUCUGCGGAUUCGAUAACAACCGCGCCGACCGCAACUGCCAUGGAAGCAACUGCCGGCCCGAUGGCGAUAUCUGCCCAGGAAGGCGCGCCUCAGCCUCCGCAGCAACAACAAGCACCACCACAACAGCCACAGCCGCCUCACCACCAGCCUAUUGCGCCAAACCCCGGCGAAGGCCCCGGCAAUCGCGCAUUUACUUUCCCAGGCCCAAUGCCCCCAGAACACGAUCCGCGCGCUCCCGCGCGGCAGAUGAGCUUGCCUGGCUACGCGCAGAACAGCCCAAAGUCGCCGUCGACCAAGAGGCACAAGUGCCCCUACUGCUCGACCGAUUUCACGCGCCAUCACAACCUCAAGAGCCAUCUCCUGACGCACAGCCAAGAGAAGCCAUAUGAGUGUCCUACUUGCCAAGCGCGUUUCCGCCGUCUGCAUGACUUGAAACGCCACACGAAACUGCACACUGGCGAGCGGCCACACACCUGUCCUAAGUGUGGCAGGAGGUUCGCCCGCGGGGAUGCCCUCGCCCGCCACAACAAGGGCCAGGGUGGCUGCGCUGGUCGCCGGUCUAGCUUUGGUAUAGAUAAUGACGACAUGGAUGGAAAAGGCGACGAGGCCAUGGACGGCGUAGUCUACCAUGGCGAGCACGACGGAGAAGGGGAAGAAGACGAGGAUCACGGGGGCCGACGUGUUAGCGAGCCGGCGCGUAAGAGGCAAAAUACUGGAAACUCUACGCAAGGUCCGUAUCAUCAGCAUUCCAGUACCUACCCGCCCAUCGCUGCCAAUCGAGCGCAGCCGGGCCAAAAUAAUCUUCGCCCGCUGUAUCCACCCGGAUCAAGCGGUACCCCGAGCAAUCAGUCGACUAACAUUUCGCCAAAACUAGCUCCAGGAAGCAUUUCGUCACUUCACUACACUGCGAACCAGGCAAACAUGUUUGGACAAGGGGGCAUGACUGAGAGCCCGAAGCCCAUCUCGCCAGGUCAGCAAGACCAGCAUCGCCUCGGUGCACAUGAAGGCAGCAUCCCGAAUCCGCGUUCGCCCAACAUGUCGCAACAGCUCCAACACCGGGAUUUCGCUCGUGGCGCCGGCCGAGGCUCGUCGCCAAUGGGCAUGGCACCACCUCAGGGCAAUAGUGGCCCUCAUCUGCCUUCGCUACCUGGCCUCACUCCCAGCAUGAUUCCCAAGCAAGGCUCUCAGGGCGGCAAAGGCAAUGGUCCCAGCAUGCUCCAGCACCAGCAGAUGCCAGCUCCAGGAACGGCAUCGCAACAGGGAAGCUUGUCAAGCCACGGCGCCAGCAGCGGUGGUAGCAUGCGCGAGGUCAUGGGCAAUCCAGGUAUCGACGUCUGGCAGUAUGUGCGCGAGGUAGAGUCGCGCAUGCAGAAAAUGGAAAAAGAGCACGAGCAGAAAAUGGUCUCGCUGCAGAACGAGGUCACUACGCUCCGUGCACAGCUUGCUCAACAGCAUGCCCAAAACACUCAA